AUGGCGCCCCAUCUUGAAACCCCGAUUGCACCACUAUCAACACUACCCACAGAGCUGGACCUCAGCAUCUACGAGCUCACCACUCCUCAGGAACUUUCAACAGUUCUCUGUUCCUCACGUGCCGUUGUUUCCGGAACACUCACACCUGCAACUAUUCUGAUCUCCCCCACCACUGGUAAAAUUCUUCGAAUCCAUACCUCUGUCCUCCCGCGUAGUUCAUUCCCGUCAGGGACCCAAUACCAUGACUACUCUCCUCUUGUAAUCAUGCCGGGUCUCGUGGACGCACAUGUGCAUCUCAACGAACCCGGUUGGAGGACCGAGUGGGAAGGCUUUGAAACCGGAACCAAAGCUGCAGCAUUUGGUGGUGUCACUACCGUCAUUGACAUGCCACUGAAUGCAAUUCCCCCAACUACUACGGUGGAGAAUCUUGAGUUGAAGAAGCAAGCAGCAGAAGGACAGUGCUGGGUGGACGUUGGAUUUUAUGGCGGUGUUAUCCCAGGAAACCAGGAUCAUCUAAUUCCUCUUGUUGAAGCUGGGGUGAGAGGCUUCAAGUGUUUCCUUAUUGACUCUGGUGUUGAAGAAUUCCCCUGCGUCAGCGCGGAAGAUGUAUCGAUUGCGAUGAAGACCCUGUCAAAGUCACCAACAACAUUAAUGUUCCACGCCGAGAUGCUCCCACCCCUCUCACUAUCUCUCGGAGACUCUGUUCUCCACAGCGAUCCCCCACUCGCUCCUGCUGGACCCCUCGAAUCGUACUCCACCUUCCUUGCCUCGCGCCCUCCUGCUUUCGAGACAUACGCUAUCGAGGAGAUCCUCUCACUUGCACAUGUAGCGCCUGAGUUACAACUUCACAUCGUGCACCUUUCCGCUGCGGAAGGGAUCCCACUUGUCCGCAAGGCUAGGGAAUGCGGAAUAAAACUAACCGCGGAAACCUGUUUCCACUACCUUACGCUUGCGGCCGAAGAGAUCGAGGAUGGGGAUACCAGACAUAAGUGCUGCCCUCCUAUCCGUGAAGGUACCAACCGCGAGUUCCUCUGGGAUGCGCUCAAGGAGGGAUUGGUAGAGACGGUUGUCUCUGACCACUCACCAUGCACACCUGAUUUAAAGAUGUUGAAAGACAACGGCGGCGAUGGUGAUUUCUUCAAGGCAUGGGGUGGAAUCUCAACUGUAGGGUUGGGACUCAGUAUCCUAUGGACCGAAGGACAGAAGAGAGAUGUAUCCUUGGUCCAAUGUGCGGAAUGGACCAGCUAUAAGACAGCAAAGCAGGUCGGUUUGUUGGGAAAGAAGGGCGCGUUGGAGGUUGGCUGGGAUGCGGAUAUCUGCGUUUUUGACCCCGAAGCAGAGUUUACUGUUACCACCAACGACAUGAAAUUCAAAAACAAAGUCACCCCCUACGAGAACAAGACCCUCAAAGGCAAGGUCGUCGAAACAUGGCUUCGGGGAAACAAGAUCUAUUCCGCCUCUGAAGGGUUCCAGAAGUCUGGGCCUUCUGGGGCAUUAUUGUUGGAGAAGAGACGGUUCCCGAAUUAG